UACCAGGCUAUUAGCGAGGAUGAAAAGUGUGCUGAAGCCAUUGCCCUAUCCACGGAGUUUGAGAGCCCAGGAGGUCAAGAAUUAUGUGAUGAAAUCGGCAAGUAUUUCACCCGCGAGAAUCCGGACACUAUCCCUCUUCUGGAUGGCGACACGCGCGGUGAAAGCCUAAUUCGCGACAAACUGAAGAAGCAGCCGAAGACCGUUUCUCGAAG